UUGUUUUAAUCAUAAAAUAUAAAUGAUGGAUAAUUUUACUUUGCGAAGUUUAAAAAAAGAUUUUGGCACACAUUUUCAACAGUAUUGUUUACAUCAUAAAAUAUUAAAAAAAAAUAAAUAUAGUGCUUUUAUAGUGUCUAACGUUUGUGAUUUAAAAAAAUGUAUAAUUGCUAUUGAUCGUUUUAAAUUCAAUGUUAAUAGGAAACUGAAGAAAUUACAGAGAGAUGCAUUAUUUAUAAAUUCUUUAAAUCCUAUUUAUUACAUACCAAAAUUAGAUGAACAAUAUAAGAUUCAAGAAAACACAAAUAGGAAUGAUAAACAAAAUGAACAAUAUAAGAUGAGAAAGAAGAAAAACUUCCAUAAAGAAAUAACAUAUCACAAUAUUUUUCUUAAUAAUUUAAACUUAAAUAUUUUUUUAUGCAAUACAUCUCAAAUAUUACCAUAUUAUACUAAUUAUAAAAAUUUUUCAAUUUGUAUUCUUAACAUAGAUAAAAAAGGACACGAAAUAUACGAUUUUAUUACAAAAGCAAAUAGAAAGGAUAUUAUUGCUAUUAAUUAUGAAGAUUAUUUUUUACUUAUAAAAAAAUUUCAGAAUAGACAUAAAAAAUUUAAUUAUUAUAGUGUUCUAAAGCAUUUAAUUCAUAAGCAAAAGUAUAAUGAAAAAACAAAAUGCAUAUAUGAGAUUAAUAAAAAACAAUUGAAAAAUUUUUUUGAUCUUAUAUUUGCUAAGGUAGUUCCUAAAAGAUUAUUUGGAAGCAUAAAAAUUAAAAAAAUAAAGAGAGCUACAUUUCAAUUAUUGGAUACACCUUGUUUUAAAUAUUUUAAUCUAAAACCUACCAUUGAAAAAUUAGAUAUUAUUAGCAUUACAUGGUUACAAAAUGUUACAAAUGUAAAAACAAAAUGGCUCGUUAUAGCACAAUUUGUGAAAUGGUUUUUUAUUGAAUUUCUUUUCAAUAUAUUAUAUACUUACUUUCAUAUAACAAAAGUUUCUGGAAAUACUAAUGAAAGAUUAUAUAUUACACGUUUUACUUGGAAUAAUAUCCAGAAAAAGUUUAUUAAAAAAGGAAUACAUUCAAAUACAUUACAACCAAAUAUUGAACGUAAUACAUGGAAUCCAUCAAUAGGCAUAUAUAAAUUACUAUGUAAAUAUUCAGAUGUGCGACCUAUAUUUAAACUUAAAAAGAAAUCUCAUGAUGCUGAUUACUUAUUUAUAAUAUUUAAAUUUUUAAAACAAUUAUAUGCCACAAAUUAUGAAGUUAUUAAUUUUCCGAAAAAAUGGAAAUCAAUUGUUCAACAUAAACUUAAUUCAAAAACAGAAAAAUUAUAUUUUGUAUGUUGUGAUGUAAUAAAUGCUUUUGGUUCUAUCGUACAGGUCGAAUUAUAUAACAUUAUACAAUCACUUUGUAAGGAUCUUCCAGAAAAUUUAGUACUCAAAUAUUAUACAAUUAAAUCUGAAAUAUCAAAAAAAGAUACAUAUCAUAAAUAUUUUUCUGAUUUGCAACUACCUUUCCCAUCUGAUAAAUUUUAUGCAAAUUCGGUUGAUAAUCAACGAUAUCAGUUAAUAAACAAAAACUGGUUAUUAGAAAGUAUCUCAAAAUAUAUCUUUUAUCAAAGGAUAAAAAUAAAUGAAAAUAUUCAUAUCAUAGGAAAAGGAAUUGUUCAAGGUUCAAUGUUAUCACCUAUUUUAUCAGAUAUAUAUUAUAACUAUAUAUUAAAUAAAGAAAUGUCAACAUAUUUAAAAACAGGAGAAAUUAUAAAAUAUAUGGAUGAUAUUUUAUAUAUAACUGAAAAUAAAAUUUUUGCAGAACAAUUUUUAGAAUUAACAAAAAAAGGAAUUCCUCAAUAUAAUUGUUAUUUCAAACAAUCUAAAACUCAAAGUAAUUUAAUUUCUGACAGAAAUAAAAUUGUGAACAAUAUUAUUUAUAUUGGUUAUAAAAUUAAUUGUACCACAUUAGAAAUAGGGCUUAAACGUUCAGAUACAGCAUUGUAUCAUUCAAUAUCAUUUUCAAAACCAAAUAAAUCAUCUCUUCUGAAACAUCUCUCAAUGCGAUUAAAUAAUGUAGCGACUUUUAGAUUAUCAAAAGUUAUGUUAGAUCAUACAAUUAAUUCUAAAAAGACUAUAAUGAGGAUAUUAAAAGAAGUAUCUAUAUUACAAGCAAACCGUGCUUGUAUUUUAAUAAAAGAUCUCUUUGAUAAUGUGCAUAACCAUAUUCAAAAUAUACUUAAAAUCAUUAAAAGUACCAAUGAAAAAAUUACAAUAUAUAUUAUAAGAAUGUUUUUGAUAUCACAACAAAAAAUAAGUAAAUUAAAAAUUUACAAAUGGAACAAUCAAAUUCUACAUAUAUUAUGGACAUCUUAUAAAAAAGUUUUUAUGAAAGACAACAUUUUACGACAAUAUUUUAUCACAUUUUUUCAUAACAUAAAUAAAUAAUAUAAACGUAAUUUUUAUAACUUCUAUCUAUUUUUAUACAUUUUUUAAAAUA